AUGACACAAUUUAUAGCACAUUUAAGUUGCACUAAAGUCAACUCAACAUUUUGUGCUGAAUUUAUUUUAAAAAAAGAAGAUGAGGAAGUGACUUCACGUAAAUAUUUUCAUACAGUUACUGAAGUAAUUGAUGCAAGUACUGACUUAAAGGAAUGGUUUACCGAUUAUAUCGUGGAACCUCUUUUAAACAAACUAGAAAAUUUUCAAGAAAAAGAUAGUGGUUACAGUCUUAGUAAUAUAAUAUCUCUUGAAAUUAAUGUAAACAAAUAUGAAGUAGGUAAAGGACCAUCUUCUUUUAUUUCUCUUCCUAAACAAAUUCUCGAUAGAAAAGCAUGUAUUAAUGUGAAAAACAACGAUAACGCCUGUUUCUAUUGGAGCAUCGUGAGUGCUUUAUAUCAACCAAUCAAUAAAUUUAACUUAAAUAGAACAUCUUCGUAUCCAAAUUAUACUACAGUAUUAAAUACGAAUUCUUUGGAGUUGCCUAUGCCUUUAUGGCAAAUUCCAAAAUUUGAAAAAAUGAAUAAUAUUUCAGUAAACGUAUUCGGUUUGGAAAUGAAUAAAAAUGGAUCUUUUGAAACUGUAGUUCUAAGAGUAACAAAACACAAAAAACCUAGACAUGUUAAUCUAUUGCUUAUCCAAGACAAAUAUUUUCCAAAAGAUGAAAGUAUGAUUGACGAAAGUGAAGAAGAAGAAGAGUAUAAUGAUGAAGAUGACAAUAACGAACAAUAUAAGAUUAAUUAUCAUUAUUGUUGGAUUAAAGAUUUAUCACGUUUACUUUAUAAAGAAAUAUCAAAGAAAAAAGUAAAAAAAUAUAUAUGUGACAGAUGUUUGAAUUACUUUUAUUCUCAAGAAGAUUUAAAUGAUCAUUUAACAAUGUGUGAAAACAUCAACGAUUGUAAAGUGAUGUUUAGUACAAACAAAAUUAUAAAAUUUAAAAAUUUUGUUAAUAAGGAAAUAGUUCCUUUUGUCUUAUAUGCAGAUUUUGAAUCAAUAUUAAAACCUCUAAAACAAUUAGAAAAGAUAGAAAAUAGACAUCGUUAUCAACAACAUGAACCCUUUUCUGCAGGUUAUUAUUUGAAAUGUUUCCACGAUAAUUCAUUUACAUAUUACAAUUCUUUUCGUGGCCUUGAAUGUAUCACGUGGUUUGCUAAUGAGCUCGAUAAAAUUGCAACGGUUAUUUCAGCCAGGCUAAAACAUGUUGAACCAUUAAACGUGAAUAUAAAUUUGGAGGAUGCAAUAAAUUGUCAUAUUUGUGAAAGGGAUUUUACGCCCACGGAUACAAUCGUAAGGGAUCAUUCACAUCUGACAGGUCAUUUUAGGGGUUUUAGCCACAAUGCAUGUAAUCUUAAUUACAAAAACUGGUUUGUAAUACCAGUUUUUAUACAUAAUUUAAUGGGAUACGACGCACAUAUGUUAAUUAGAGAUUUAUCAAAAUUAUACUAUAUAAAAGUACUUCCAUUAAACAAAGAAAAAUAUAUCAGCUUUACUGUUUAUCACAAGAAAACCCAUAUACAGUUUCGAUUCUUAGAUUCAUUUCGAUUUAUGGGAUUUUCCUUGGAAAAAAUGGUAUCAUUUUUGGAUAAGGAACAAUUGGAAAACUUAAAAGCAGAAUUUAAGAACGUUUCUUCGGAUAACUUUGAAUUAUUAACACAUAAAGGAAUAUUUUGUUACGAUUAUAUAGAAAAUAUAGAACGUCUUAAUGAAACCCAGCUACCUAACAAAAUACAAUUUUAUAGCAAAUUAAAUGAUGAGGAAAUUAGCGAGGAAGAUUAUGCUCACGCACAAAAAGUUUGGGAAAAUUUCAAUAUAAAAGAUUUGGGAGAGUAUAGUGAUCUUUAUUUAAAAACUGAUGUAUUACUAUUGGCAGACUGUUUUGAAAACUUUCGAAAAAUGUGUAAUAGAACUUAUAAUUUAGAUCCUGCACAUUAUUUUACAUUGCCAGGUUAUACGUGGGACUGCAUGUUAAAGUAUACAAAAUGUCAAUUGGAAACUCUACAAGAUGUAGAUAUGUUGUUGUUUAUUGAAAGUUCUAUUCGUGGAGGGGUUAGUCAAUGUAGUAAUAGAUUUUCUGAAGCUAACAAUAAAUAUAUGAAUACAUAUGACCCAUCUCAAGACUCCAAAUAUAUAUUAUAUUUUGAUGUAAAUAACUUAUACGGUUGGGCACAAAGUCAGUAUUUACCUUACGGAAAUUUUCAAUGGAUUGAUGAUCACGAAAAACUUGAUGUAACAACUAUACCGAGUGACUCUCCAAUAGGAUACCUACUAGAAGUAGAUUUAAGCUAUCCAGUUGAACUACACGAUUUGCAUAAAGAUUUACCCUUUUGUCCUGAAAAAUUGGCACCUCAAAAUACUAAAUUAAAAAAAUUGUUGACAACAUUACACAACAAAGAAAAAUAUAUCAUUCAUUAUGAAAAUCUAAAACAAGCCUUAAAACAUGGACUAGUGCUUACAAAAAUAUAUCGAGUUUUAUCAUUUAGACAAUCAAAUUGGCUGGCACCCUAUAUUCAACUAAAUGCUAAUCUUAGAGCUGAAGCGAAAAACGACUUUGAAAGUGAAAAUUUUAAACUAAUGGUCAAUGCUAACUACGGUAAAGGCAUGGAAAAUAAACGCAAAAGAAGGGCUUUGCAUUUGGUUCGAAGGUAUGAAGGGAGGUACGGAGCGAAGAAUUUAAUUGCUAGUCCAUUAUUUCAUAGUAGAGUCAUUUUUGACGACAAUUUAAUGGCGAUUGAGCUAAGACAAUCUAGUAUUAUUUUUGACAAACCAAUCUAUACAGGAAUGGCAGUUUUGGAAUUAUCUAAAACAUGUCUUUAUGAUUUUCAUUAUGAUUUUAUGUUAAAACAAAAUUCAGUUCAACAAUGCAAAUUGUUAUAUACUGACACUGACAGUUUGUUGUAUGAGAUUACUUGUUACGAUGCUUACGAACAAAUUAUUAAAGCUAAUAUUUCAAAAUUUGAUACAAGUAGUUACAAACCAGAUAAUGUUUAUGAUAUCCCUUUAGUUAAUAAAAAAAUUCCUGGAUUAAUGAAAGAUGAAACAUCAGGAAAAAUAAUUUUAGCUUUUGUGGGAUUGCGUUCAAAACAAUAUACAUACAAGAUAUUUAAUGACAACAAAGAAAUUUCUUUUAAAAAAGCAAAAGGAAUAAAAAGAAACGUUGUAGACAACAAAAUUACAUUUGACGAUUAUUUAUAUUGUUUAGAAAAUAGCGUAAGCAAGACAGCAUCACACCGUUAUAUUCGAUCUAUACUUCACACUGUUUUUAGUAUUGAAGAAACAAAAAUUGCAUUAAGUCCUUUUGAUAAUAAACGACAUUUGCUUGAAAACUCGUUUGAUACAAUCCCCUGGGGUCACUAUAGUAUAAUGCAGUAA